AUGGUGAUGGAUGAGAUGAAAGCUCUUAGAAUGGACAUAAAGGAGGUUAAGGAAGAUAUUAUUGAAAUGAAGAGGGAUAUUAGUGAAAUGAAGAUGGAUAUUGAUGAUUUGAAGAUGGAUAUUGGCCAAAUGAAGACGGACAUUAAUCAAGUACGAGGAACGAUGUUCCGAAAUGACUCGAUGUUUUAUGAACUGCUAGUGAAACAACAUUUCGAAAAAGAUCCUGCAUUUGAAGUUUAUCAUUCGUUCAUUCUUGACAGACAAGAACAUCAAGGAUCAUUUGACAGUGUAGCAAGAGAUGAUGAGUUAAAGGAAUGGAACAAAGCUCUUUCUUUGCUUAAGGAAAAUGGUACUCUUGAUGACCAAUCAGUGGUUAAUUUGUCUCUCAAGCCAAGAUGUAUUGAGUUCAAUUUUGUAUUGGCUAGAAAGAACUCGACCGAAGUUGAUAUUAUUGAAGCAACAAGUUCCGAGCUCAGACACGAUGGCAUUUUAUGGUUUAAGCUCAUUCAACUUGAGAGGCAAAUAAGGUUUUAUGAGAAGUGUUUUCCUACUCAAUAUAUUAGUCGAAUUGGAAUUAUAUUUCCAAAAGGAAAUAAUCCACACUUCGACAAGUCUCUAAAACGUCUAAUAAGCUCCUCAACCAUUUUGGAAAGAAUUCGUCACUACCAAAAACAAAAAAAAUUUGUUCUAUUGCCUUUUGGAACCAAACCUUUCUACCAACAAAAACUUUACUCAAAGGAAGAAUAA